ACCAUUCAAGGGGUAGAACCGGAAACAAAAACGCUGGAAGGUGGUUGGUAGCCGGUCGAGAUAAAAGGAUGUAAAGACAAGAUCUUAGGAGGAAGAUCCCGACUAGUUGGCGGUGGCGCGUUAUAGUCACGGACUAAAAACGUGAGAAUGGGUUGUGGCCGUAACUUCAGGAGCAUUGUACAUAGCCUAUGCACACGUGGCAGCCACACAGGGGAUCACAGGCAUAGUGGUGGUUCUGGAUCAAUGUCAGCCCCAGGAUUGCGAUUGUAUAUUCAAGAUCACCAUGUAGUGAUGGAUAAUGGCAUAGUCCAAGUCACUCUAUCAAAGCCAGAUGGGAUUGUUACUGGCAUUCGUUAUAAUGGCAUCGACAAUCUGCUUGAAACUCUUAACAAUGAGUCUAACAGAGGGUACUGGGAUGUUGUGUGGAAUGCAAAUGAUGGUGGGAGAGCUGGAAUAUUUGAAGUUAUUAAAGCAACAAAUUUUAGAGUAAUAAAGCAAGAUGAGGAACAAGUUGAGCUAUCAUUUGCGAGGCCAUGGGAUCCUUCCUUUCAGGGAAAGCUUGUUCCACUAAACAUAGAUAAAAGGUUUGUUUUGCUCCGCGGUUCGUCUGGUUUCUAUACAUAUGCCAUUUAUGAGCAUGUUGGUUCUCCAGAAUGGCCUGCUUUCAGUCUUGGUGAAACCAGGGUAGCAUUCAAGCUCAGGAAAGACAAAUUUCAAUACAUGGCUGUGGCGGACGAUAGGCAAAGGCUUAUGCCCCUACCAGAUGACCGGUUGCGUGGCAGAUGCCAGCCCCUUGCUUACCAAGAAGCAGUUCUGCUUGUCAACCCCGUCAAUCCAGAAUUAAGAGGAGAAGUAGAUGACAAGUACCAAUAUUCAUGUGAUAACAAGGAUAAUAAGGUACAUGGAUGGAUAUCUAUGAACCCACCUGUUGGCUUCUGGCAAAUCACACCCAGUGAUGAGUUUCGAUCUGGUGGGCCUGUCAAACAGAACCUUACGUCACAUGUUGGUCCCACAACCCUUGCGGUGUUCCUUGGUUCUCAUUAUGCUGGAGACGAGUUAACUCCAAAAUUUGGACAAGGCGAGCCAUGGAAGAAAGUUUUUGGCCCAAUUUUCAUUUAUCUCAACUCUGUAAGGCGCGUUGAAGAUGCCCUAACUUUAUGGGGGGACGCUAAACGGCAGAUGCUGGUAGAGGUACAAAGCUGGCCAUACAGUUUUCCAGAAUCAAAGGAUUUCUUAUCAGCAGAUCAGCGGGGAAAUGUCAGUGGUAGACUAUUGGUCAGUGACAAGUAUGCCUGUAAUGAUCUUAUGCCUGCAAGUGGUGCAUACGUGGGAUUGGCCGCACAAGGAGAUGCUGGAUCAUGGCAAAAAGAAUGCAAGGGUUACCAAUUCUGGAGUAGAGCAAGUGAGGAUGGGUGUUUCUCCAUCAACAAUGUCCUACCCGGUGACUACGAUCUGUAUGCUUGGGUGCCUGGAUUCAUCGGAGACUAUCAGAAUGAAGUUUCCAUUACCAUAGCUUCAGGCUGUAGAAUUGAUGUCGGUGAAAUCGUUUACAAGCCUCCAAGGGAUGGCCCUACACUUUGGGAGAUAGGCAUCCCUGACCGUAGUGCUGCAGAGUUCUAUAUACCCGAUCCAAACCCAAAGUAUCUUAACAAGAUCUUUGUCAACCACCCCGAGAGGUUUAGGCAAUAUGGACUUUGGGAAAGAUACUCAGAGUUAUAUCCAAACGGAGAUCUCGUGUACACAGUUGGCGAGAGUGACUAUUCAAAAGACUGGUUUUUUGCUCAAGUUACUAGCAUCAACCGGCGGUUCCAGUGAAGCAGCGGCAGUUCUAGUGAAGCAGGACACAAUCACGGUUUGCAGAGACGACGAAGCAGGGAGCCCACUGCAAGCAAAGACACGAAGCAGGGAGCCGACUGCAAAUAUAAAUUGUCUGCAAAAUCUUAGACUACAAAAGCUUCUCUCUAUCAAGGUAAUGCGUUCAACAUUGUCUUUGUUUCACUAGUUUAGACCAUUUCUGCAAAUAGAAAUUAAUAAUGAACUUAAAGUAGGAAGUAGCAAAAGUAUUCUAAAAAUGAUACCGUAUAUGUUUGUUGUUUAUGCUCCAUUGUCAGCCGCAGUCACCUUAGUAUGUUAACAAAUGGAAGAAUGAGUAUAUAGGUUACUUAUUAUGAUAAAAUGAAUCCAAGGAAAACAACUUUCCUUUUAGAAACUCAAAAAAUUGAAAAUUCCAGUCAAGUAACCCUAACUAACCAAACCUUUGACAUGUUUAGGAUUAAAUUGGUGAAGUUUCAUGUUUUACUCUAUUAGUAGAAAUUUCACUUUUCGUUUUCAUUUGCUUCUUGUUUUUUCAAAUUUGUAAACAUGAUUGUUAAGUCUGUUUUUGGAAACUUUGGUUAUUUUAAUCAUUUUACUAAAGUAUUUUUCUGAAAUUUUUAUUUCUAAAGAGCCUCAAACCAUAAUAAUACUGCUAAGGUCAGGUUUUCUUCUUUUUGUUUUCAAAGAAAGUUAACAACAAAAACAUAUUAGUAAAUUAUAGGAAAAAUUGAUAUUAAUAAUCCCAACUAUUGGCGGUCCGUUCAUAAUAAUCCCAACUAUUGGCGGUCCGCUCAUAAUAAUCCCAACUAUCGAUUAUUUCAGAAUAAUCCCAACUUUAGGGACCUUCUGCCAAUAAUGGUCCGACGUGACCGGCUAUAAUAAAUUCAUAUAGUUUCUAAAGUGGAUGAAAAGAGAUAUAGCAAGUAAUUUUUAUAAAUAAUCUCAACUUUUAAUUUUUACGCUUAAUUUCUAUUUGAAAUUCACUUGUUAUCUGGUCAUGGACCAUUAUUGGCGGACGGUCCAUAUAGUUGGGAUUAUACAAAAAUAAUCAAUAGUUGAGAUUAUUGUUAGCGGACCGGCAAUAGUUGGGAUUAUUAUUUUCAAUUUUUCCUAAAUUAUAUAAUGUUGUAGCUAAUCUUCCUAUACUUGUUAUGAUAAAAUGAAUCCAAAUGAAACAACUUUCCUUAUAGAAACUAAAAAAAUUUAACUUUCCAGUCAAGUACCCUAACUAAACAAGCCUUUGACAUAUUUAGAUUUAAAUUGGAGAAGUUUCAUGUUUUACUAUGUUAGUAAUAAUUUCAUUUUUCAUUUUAUUUGUUUCUUGUUUUUUCAAAUUUGUAAACAUGAUUGUUAAGUUUGUUUUUGGAAACAUUGGUUAUUUUAAUCAUUUAACUAAAGUUUUUUUCUUAAAUUUUAUUCUUAAGGAGCUUCAAACCAUAAUAAUAACCCCAAAGUCAGGUUUUCUUCAUUUUGUUUCCAAAGAAAGUUAAAAACAUAGUUAUAUUAGUGAGUUAUAUAAUGUUGUAGUGAAUCCUACUAUAUUUUGAGUAUAUAAACUGAAAUUUUGUUUUUAAGGAGUUUCAAAUCAUAAUAAUACUCCCAGUCAGGUUUUCUUCUUUUUAUUUUCAAAGAAAGCUAAAAACAAAAACAAAUUAGUGAGUUUAUAAAUGUCUCAAUGAGUUUAUUUCCUAUAUUUGCAUUUUUUAUUUCUAGGUAGCCUACUACACAUAAUACCUCUUCAGAAAGAUUAAUAGGUGUUUUAGUUUUGAGUUGUGCUAGGUGUACACAUUUUGGUUUACACUUUUCGUACACUCGUCUGUCUCACGCGCACAGAAUGGUCUGUCCACAGACAACUCUGUAGAAUUGUUUGCGGACAGACGACUCUCUGUGCUUGAGACAGACGAGUGUACGAAAGGUGUACACCAAGCAUUUUUCUUUAGUUUUAGACCUUGACCAUCCAUGAGUAUGUUUACACAUUGGAAGCAAGCAGUUUUUUUAUUUGCUAAUGAUGUUCAUUAAGGGUCUGUUUGCAAUCGUUUUAAAAAAGCGCUUCUCAACUUUUGGCUUAAAAAAGUUAAAAUUAGUGUUUUCAAGUGACAAUUUUUACUUAAAUUAAACACUUAAAAGCAAAAAGAUGAUUUUUAUUUUUCCUAUUACACAAAAAGCACAUAUUUUACCAAACACUACCAACUUUUACUUUUCAAAAUCAACUUUUUCUCAAACACUACCAACUUUACUACUUUCCAAAUUCACUUUAAAAAGUCACUUUUUUUAAAUCACAAGCAAUUGCAAGCACUCUCUAAAUAACAUCUCAAUGGCUUCACUCAAUAACUUGAUAGGUGUAUAUUUCAUAUACUUCAAAAUGAUAAGAAUCAUAUGAUUGACAGUGGCUGCACUUUUAAAAAUUAUUGAACUUUGAUAAUAAAUACUAGUUUCCAAUAUUUGACUAAUAUAAUACUCCCUCCGUCCCAUUGGACUUUGCCAACUUUCCCUUUUUGGUUGUCCCAAAAAACUUUGCCACUUUCCUAUUAAAGCAACUAAUAUGUGGUUCUGCACAUAUCUCUCUCUCCUCUGCACAAAUCUCAACCACACAGUUUUUACUAUUCUUAUUUUUACCUACUUUGCACUUGGCAAAGUCUACCGGGAUGGAGGUAGUAUUUAUUUAAUUUUCAAAAUUAAGAAUGAAAUUUGAAUCAUCUCACUUGUUGCCAAGUCCGUCUGAAUCACCAAAUACAAACAAACAAUAAUUCAUCGAGCCAGAAACGAGCAAGAUCGGGUUUAAGACAAAGGCCUUCUAUAGCACCUAAAACAAGGAGCGUGCAUUAGGAACAUUGUGCACAGAGUACAAGGAUGUUGACAGAUGGGAGCAUUUAAAAUAUUACAAUAUGCAAGCACUGUAAAGUUGAGAUCCCGGCCAGUUAUGAAAGUACUUGUGAUUUAAAAAAUCACUUAGUCAUGAGAUGCAAGUCAAGUCCUCCAUACGACGCGGGAUUGAUAGAGGUCAAGUCGUACUCACGAAUGAGUUGAUGGGACAAGUGCAUUAACUCAUACUUUUAAUAAAAAACGGUGUAAAUUGAAACUUACCGAGAUUGUUAUAAUGGACGAAAUGUCAUUUUAGAUUGUAAAGGGGAAAUGAUUUGUUAAUCUUUUGCAUAAAUUAUAACCUAGGUUCAAAAUUUCCGAUAGGAAGAAAGUUGCAUGCAUUGUUUACGAUUUAUUUUUAGUUGAAAAAGCUAAGAUAAAAAGUGUGAUUAGUGACCAAUGAGAAAGUAUCACAACUGAUACUUGAACAUUAACUCAGAACAUUAAUUACAUUAAUUACAUGGUUGUCAGUGUUCAUUUUUUAGAUGGUGAUUGGAAGUUGCACAAAAGAAUCAUUAAUUUCACAAAAAUCACUAGCCAUGUCGGGAAAGAAAUAGGCAAAAUGGUUGAGAUAUGUUUAAGAGAGUGGGAGAUAGAAAAAGUGUUCUCUAUAGUGGUCGAUAAUGCUUUUUCAAAUGACUCAACAAUUGAUUACUUGAAAAAAAUGAAAAAUUAAAACAAGGAAAAUAUUUGCACUUGAGGUGUGCAUGUCACAUCCUUAACUUCAUUGUUAAGGAUGGAUUGGAAGAACUUAAGACUUCAAUUAAACCUAUAAAAAAUGUAGUUAUGUCUCUUCAUUUGUUCACCAGCUAGGUUGAGUAAGUUUCGUGAAUUUGUUGGGUUAGCCAAAUUUUGUAAUAUAUCAAUGGUGUGAAUGAAUGUUAAGCCGUAGUGGAAUGCAACUUAUAAAAUGUUUGAUGUUGCAUUGAAGUACAAAAAGUGUUCAAGUGAAUGAGUGAAGAAUGUUUUCCUUCAAUGUGUUAUUUUCAUGAGAUGAAUAACAAAGGUCGAGAAAUGAAAGGACCACCAAAUGCUUUAGAUUGGGAGAACGCAAGACCUUUUGUACACCUUUGAAAAAGUUAUAUGAUGCUAUCUUAGAGUUUAAUCCAACAAAAAUUCCCACCUUUCAAUUGAUGUAUCAAUCAAUGAUUGUUCUCCAAAUUGAGAUUGAAGAAAGACUACUUGUUCUCUAAAAAAGGUUACUAAUAAGGUGCUCCCACAAACGUCCAAGAGUUCAUUGAUAAAGUUAAAAAAGAUCUAUAACUUUGUGGAUGGAGUACAAAUGAAUGAAUGAGAUCUUUAGUGUUUGAGAGACAAAGUUUACAAGUGCAAUCAUAUGAUGGAGAUACUAGUGAUGGUGACGGCCUUUGAGAUGAAUUGCUCACUGUUGUGGAAACACAAAAUGAUGAAGAACAACUUGAAGUUAGGUACUUUUUGACCUCAUUUGAUAUCUCUUGAAGUUUGUACUCUUCUUCAUUUUGUGCUUUGACGUCAUUGAACAAUUCAUCCCAAAGUCUGUCACCAUCACUGGUAUCUCUAUCACCCGAUUGCACUUGCAGACUUUGUCUCACAACAAUAAAAGUUUCAUUCAUUCCUUUGUACUCCAUCCACAAAGUAAUAAAAUCUUUUUAACUUUAUCAAUGAACCCUUAGACGUUUGUUGGAGCACCUUGAACCUUUUUAAAGCUAACCUUAAUCAUUUGGGGUUUAUUUCUUGGGUCUAGCACAUUGUUAAUCAAACUCAAAAGAUUCAUAUUAUUCCAAUUUCCCCACUAGUCAAAUUUUGUCUGCAUCGCACUAGCAACCUUUUUUAGAAUGAAUAUAUGUCAUCAAGUAGUCCUUUUUCAAUCUCAAUUUGGAAAGCAAUCAUUGAAUGAUACAUCAAUUGAGAGGUGAGAGUUUUUGUUGCACUAAGCUCUUUGUAAGAUCAUAAAACUCUUUCAAAAAGUGCGCAAAAGCUCGUGCAUUCUCCCAAUCUAAAGCACUUGGUUGUGCUUCCCUUUCUUGAUCUUUGUUAUUCACAUGAAAGGAAAACAUUCUUCAUUCAUGCUCUCAAACUCCCUUCUAUAUUUCAAUGCAACAUCAACAUUUUAUAAGUUACAUUCCACCGUGUCUUGACAACCAUUGGCACCGUUGACAUAUUAAAAAGUUUGGCUAACACAACAAAUUCUCGAGACUUACUCAACUUAACCGGUAACUAAUGAAAAAACAUGACUGCAUUUUUUAUAGCUUUAGUUGAAGUUUUAAGUUCUUCCGACUCAUCCUUAACAAUUAAGUUAAGGAUGUGACAUGCACACCUCAAGUGCAAGUACUUUCCUUCAAAUAAUAACUUGUUUUCACUUUUCAUUCUUUUUUCAAGUAAUCAAUUGUUGUGUCACUUGAAGAAGCAUUAUCGACCACUAUAGAAAACACUUUUCUCCUCCACUCUCUUCAACAUAUCUCAACCAUCUUGUUUAUUUCUUCCCCAACAUGACUAGUGAUUUUUGUGAAAUUAAUGAUGCUUUUGUUCAACAUGUAAUCAUCAUCUAAAAAAUGAGCAGUGACAACCAUGUAAUUAAUGUUCUGAAUGGAUGUCCAAGUAUCAGUUAUGAUACUUACUCAUUAGCCACUAAUCACACUUUUUAUCUUAACUUUUUCAACUAAGAAUAAAUCAUAAACCAUGCUUGCAACUUUCUUGCUAUCGGGAAUUUCGAACCUAGAUUGUAAUUCAUGCAAAAGAUUAACAAAUCUUUUUUCCUCUGCAGCCCGAAAUGACAUUUCGUUCAUUAUAACAAACUCGGUAAGUUUCAAUUCUCAUACUUGUCCCAUGAACUCAUUCGUGAAUACAACUUGACCUCUAUCACUCCCUGCGUUUUAUAGAGGACUUGACUUGCAUCUCUUGACUAAGUCAUUUUUUAAACAACCAGUACUUUCAUAACUGAUCGGGAUAUCAACUUUACAGUGAUUGCAUAUUGUAAUAUUUUAAAUGCUCCUAUCUGCCAACGUUCUUGUACCAUUUGCACAAUGUUCCCAAUAAACUCUCCUCGCUUUGGCUCUACUGAAGGCCUUUGUGUUGAACCAACCCCCUUUUGCUCGUUUCCGGCUCGAUGAUAUUCAUUGUUUGUUUCAGAUUCAACUGUAUUUGGUGAUUCAGACGCACUUGUAACUUGUGAGAUGAUUCAUAUUCGAUUCUUAAUUCUGAAAAUCAAAUAAAUAUUAUAUUAGUCAAAUAUUGAAAACCCGUAAUUAUUAUCAAAAUCAAUAAUUUUUACAAGUCAAGCCAUUGAGAUUUUACUUAAUGAACAUCAUUAGCAAAUAAAAAAAAUGCCUGGCUCCAAUGCGGUAAACAUAUUCAUGGCUAGUCAAGGCUUAUAACCUAUGUAGCACCGAUACCGGUACGCGGAAACGUGGAAACGGGUACGGGGAUACGUCAAAACCAAAAAAAGUAGGAUACGGAUACGGGGCCAUAUUUAUAAAUAUUAAAAGUUAUGGGGGUGUAUUUACAAAUAUUAAAAGUUAUAGGGGUCUAUUUAUAAAUGUUAAAAAUAGAUUUUUUUUGAAUAUAUAUAUAUACACACAUAUAUAUAUAUACAUAUAAUAUCCUAUGAUGUCUAUCCAUUCAUUGCAUUGAAUCAUUUUCCUUUUUCAAGAUACUUAGUAAUAAAUUCAUAAUAUUUCUCAUAUACACUAGUGCAUCUUGAAAUAUAAAUGCAGUCAAUAAGUCAUUAAUUUAAAAUGAGAAAUAAGUCAAACAACAACAAUCUUGAAAUUAAAAGUGCAAGUACCCAAUUCGGAGUAUGAGUUAAUGACUUAAUUCGGAUAUAGGCCCAUUAUUUGAUUACCAAGUAAAAUGUAGUUUUAGAUUUUCAUUUUUUUUAGAAUUUUAUUAAGUAAAUUUUGGGAUUUUUUUUUUAAAAAAAGUUGAUACGGGUAUCCGUCAGGAUACGAGUAUCGAAAACUUUCAAAAAAUUACAAAAAAAAAUGGAAACUUUUAAAAAUUGCAGAUACGACCCGGGAACGUACGGUACAGGUAUCCUAGAAUAUCGGAUACGGGAACGUAUCGGAUAUGCCGAUACGCUACCCUAGGGAAGUAUCCGUGCUUCAUAGCUUAUAACUAAAACACAUAUUAAGCUUUAUGAAGAAGUAUUAUAUGUAGUAAACUGCCCAGAUUUAAAAAAUGAAGACAUAUGGAAUAAACUCAUUGAGACAUUUUAAACUCACUAAUCUGUUUUUAACUUUCUUUGAAAACAAAAAGAAGAAAACCUGAUUUGGGGAGUGUUAUUAUGGUUUGGAGCUCCUUAAAAACAAAUUUCGGUUUAUAUACUUUGAAAUAUAGGAGGAUUAGCUGCAACAUUAUUAACUUACUAAUAUAAUCUUGUUUUUAAAUUUCUAUGAAAACAAAAUGAAUAAAACCUUACCUUGGGAGUAUUAUUAUGGUUUGAAGCUCCUUAAAAACAAAACUUCAGUUUAUAUACUUGAAAUAUAGAAGGAUUAGCUGCAACAUUAUAUAACUCACUAAUAUGUUUUUAUUUUUAACUUUAUUUGAAAACAAAAAGAAGAAAACUUGAACUUGGGAGUACUAUUAUGGUUCGAGGCUCUUUAAAAGACUUUAGUAUAAUGAUUAAAAUAACCAAAAUUUCCAAAAACAGACUUAACAAUCAUGUUUACAAAUUUGAAAAAGUAAGAAGCAAAUGAAAUCGAAAAAUGAAAUUUCUACUAACAUAGUAAUUAGUAAAACAUGAAAAUUCACCAAUUUAAUCCUAAAUAUGUAAAAGGUUUGUUUAGUUAGGGUUACUUGACUGGAAUUUUCAUUUUUUUAGUUUCUAAAAGGAAAAUUGUUUUACUUGGAUUCAUUUUAUCAUAAUAAGUAACUAGUAAACCUGAAUAUAUUCAUUAUUCCACUUUAGCAUACUAAGGUGAUUGUGGCUGCCAAUGAACAAAGGCAGAAUCAGCUAGGGAUCUUGGAGGGGCAUAUAAAAGAGAAAGUGAAGGUCUCCAGUAAGACAGGUAACUUGCUGCAGCUCUAGAACUCCUGUCUCCAGCAAGACGGGUAGCUUGCUGCGGCUUUAAAACUCUGGUCUCCGGGAAGGCAGGCGGCGGCAAGAGGAAGUGGUCUAUAGUAUGGUUUACAUUGUGGAUAGGUCUAUCUGUGUUAUCAAUUUGAAGUCUGCGAAGUCUCUUCACAAUUUCGAUCCAUCCACAGACUACGAAAUACGGAUGCAAGUUGAACCUAAGAUCUCGAUCUUAAUAAGUUAAUAAGGAAUCUGAAUGAAUGUAAAAUUGAUAAUCAUCAACAACAACAACAACAUCUAAGCCGUAGUCCCAAAAGAUAUUGGGAUCGGCUAACAUGAAUCGAUACAUGAUAAUCAUCAAACCUUUUGAUUAAUAUUUCUCCAGUCUCCGAUAAUUGCCAAUGCAUGAAUCUCAAGUUUCAUCUGUUUGGUAAACUGUGACGUCUUCAGUUCUAGUUCAUCCCAUUCUGAAAAUGAACUGCUUCCUUCCACUAUCCGUGUUCCAGCAUAAAUCAAUGCACCAAGACCCUUACCAGCCAAUUCUGACCGCAUUCCAAGUUCCCAUUGCAAAUUCACUCUCUUCCCCUCUAAACCAGGUAACCAACCAACAGGGCCAGCAUACAUUCCUCGAUCAAACGUUUCAGCCAUUAGCCAUAUUAAUAUAUAUAAUAAAAGAACUGCAGGGGCACGACCCCCGCCCCCCCCAAAGCCCCUUAGUAGUUUCGCCACUGCCAAUGGAGCAUAAGCAUAAAGAUACUACGUAUCAUUUUUAGAAUACUUCCUACUUUAAGUUCAGUAUUAAUUUCAAUUUGCAGAAAGGUCUAAACUAGUGAAACAAAGACAAUGUUGAACACAUUACCUUGAUUGAGAGAAGAUUUUGCAAACAAUUUCUAUUUGCAGUUGGCUCCCUGCUUCGUGUCUUUGCUUGCAGUGGGAUCCUUGCUUUGUGUCCUGCUUCACUAGAGCUGAACUGCUGCUGCUUCACUUGAACCACUGCUUGCUGCUGCAUGGUUAACUCCUCAUGAGUUCGUCGUGCCUCCUGAAAGAAGAGAAAGACAAUGGCGUUCCUCAACUCCGGACCUAACUCUUGAAGUCUUGAUUCAUGAAGACUAGGCAGACUUUGGGCUUUAGAAAAGAGUAGUAUUGUUUGGACUUUUGGGCUAUGGUUAUUCCAUUGGGCUUAUUCAAAUUUAUAACAGAUAAAGCUAUUAUGUGUUUGGUUCAGUUGGACUUUCGGUAUAACAUUGGUAUACCAAAAUUUAAUGCAAAUACCAUUUUUUUUAAAGAUUCUAUACCGUUACCGUACCGAAAAAUUUGGUAUACCGAAAACUGCAACAUAUUCAGUUUUUCUCAGGACGGCACGUGCGAUAUACCGAUAUUUCGGUAUUCUUCCCCACCCCUAAGCAUGCAUGAGUAAAUAAAGUUUGAGUUUUUAAAAAAAAUAUUAUAGAAAUAAAAUUUAUUAACACAGUAUGAUUAAUUAUUACUUUAUUACAGUGCCAUGAUCACUUAAGUGUAACAAUUGAAUAUAAGUCAUUGUGAUUAAUUUACUAUUUUAGUCACUACACAUAUGAAGUCACAUUUUGGUAUAUACGGAGUAACAUUUAUUUUAGUCGUAAAAAUGUAAUAAUUUCACAAAGCUUUCAAAUAUCUAAAAUAAAUAUGUUGUUUAGUUUUAUCUUAAUUUUCCCUCCAUUUUGUUUCUAGUUAUGUAAUAUAAAAUUCCUUCGUCUUCCCAAAUGAAUGCUAAAUGAUAUACUAUCGUAUAUUCGUAUUACAUUUUCUUUUAUGUUUCUUGUUUGGCUAUUCCCAAUUGACAAGCAGCACUGAUGAAUACAGGAAAAAGGAAGAUGGUACAUAUGUAGGAACGACAUGGCAAAUCAAGUUCAGACUUGCUAAUGUCCAUCAAAAUGGAACCUACAAGCUGCGAGUGGCAAUUGCAUCUUCAACCCUUGCCGAAUUACAGGUUCGGGUUAAUAAUCCAAGUACAAAUCGACCGCUGUUUACGAGCAGAUUGUUUGGGAGGGAUAACUCCAUAGCGAGGCUUGGAAUCCAUGGUCUGUACUGGCUAUUCAAUGUGGAUAUACAAGGAAAUCUGCUGUCUGAAGGAGAGAAUACCAUUUACUUGACUCAGCCUAGAAAUCAAAGUCCCUUCCAAGGAAUUAUGUAUGACUAUAUUCGCUUAGAGGCUCCCAAGGUUUAGUCAAAAUAGAUUGCAGGAUUGUGCAAGUAGACCAUAAACUGAUAAACAGUAAACACCACACACACGUACUGGCUGAUAUAGAAAAGUUUCAUACGGACUUGGAGUAUGAUAUAUGCGAAUGCAUUAAAG